GGAUGACUUACUUUAAGUUUUUCGUGUCACAAGUGGUAAACAGAAAAUCUCGGAACUGUAAUGGAGGUCAAAAAUCGUCAACGGAAGGCCUGUGAUCUGUGCUAUAUUCGCAAGCUCAAAUGUGAUCGAUUCAGGCCUCGAUGCGCAAAUUGCAUCACGUAUUCGGCCGAUUGCACACAUUCGGUGCAGAGUCGCAAGUCUAAAGCCAAGGACCGAAAAAAUGUAGGCAAGGAUAUGUUCAAGAUUGCAACGCUUGCAGCCACGGCCAAUCUUCCAGCAGCCCCGCCAGUAAGUUCUUCAAUGUCUUCGAAAUCCGAAAGCCGCAAUGAUUGAUCCCAUAAUAAAAGUCCAAAUGCAGAUCCAGGCGGGAACCUGUCAACCAGUAACAAAGUAGCUGAACUGGCUGAAGACCGAGUUUCAGAGAAGUUAGACGAGUUCUCCAACGCGUUGAAGCUUCCACCGCUACAGUAUACUAUGAGUAUGUUGGGUAUAUUCAUCAACAGCUUCAAUUCCGUCCUACCCCUUUUUCACGCCGAUACUUUAUUGAGUCUUGUUGGUGAAUGUUAUGCACACUCUCCUCAUCAGCGGGACCCUGUAUCAUGGGCAGCUAUAAACAUAGUUCUUGCACUGGCUGCACAGAUAAGCCCGAUAGAUGACAGAGAUUACAAUCAAAAGACCUACACUGAUGGUAAAUUCGAGUAUCUGAGCAAAGCACAAUCCGUCAUCUCCCAGGUAAUGCUGGGCGAAACUCGGCUCCUCAAUAUCCAGGUAUUAGUUGGCGUAGUGAUGGUGCUACAGACAGAGCAUGAUCUUACCGCUGCCCUGUUGUUCAUCUCAGCCACGAUGCGUCUUGUGCACAAGAUGGAAAUGCACAAUCGGGAAGCCUCCGCCCAUCUGGAUCUCGUGGAAAGGAGACAGCGGGCCCGUGUCUUCUGGCUGGCGUACGUUCUCGACAAGGAUUUGAGCCUACGCGCCAAACAGCCCUCAGUUCAAUCCAACGAUGAUAUUGACUUAGAGAUGCCAUCUUUGCUGCCCACAUCUGGUGAGGAAGAUGGUGGCAGGGCCGGCAUCAUCGCGACAGCCGACGGAAAAUCAGAGAUGAAUUUCUUCCUGGCCCGAGUACAGCUGGCUAGCAUCGAGGGUAGCGUCUACGACUGUCUCUACUCGAUGAGAGCUUCCAAACGUAGUAUUGAAGAGCGAUCCAUGGCGAGACACAAUAUCCUAAGUGCUCUUAAGGAUUGGCAACUUUCGAUCCCUCCGGAAUUUGGAGCUGCAGUCGUCACUUCGACAACAGGUCACAAUCCUGCAAGCGAUGGCUUUUUUUGUCUCCUGCACUCAGCCGCUCUUCAUUGUAUUACUCUCAUCAACCAAGCUAAUGCUUGGGAUGAAAAGUGGGUCCUCGGUCUGAGAGAUCAUGAGAGGGGAUUCGGGGCGCUACAACUUCCGCCAGGUUGGGAUGAUCUGGUCCGUCAAGCUCGAGACUACAUGGCCUUAUUCGGUCAGACGUGCUCAAAAGAGGUAUGGUUUAGCUGGAUGGCUUCAUGCUCUUACCUCACGGCCAUGGUUAUACUUAUCGCCAACGAUUUAUGCAGUCUAGAGCAUAGUGAGAUGUACCGGGAUAGUCAGCUUGUUGAUACUGCUCUCUUUUGGCUUAGUGACUUGAUAGCCAAAAACGAGCGACAAGACAUUAGGGUACUGCAGGACGUGUGCUUCAAAGCGGUUGGAGAAGUACGCCGGAGGCGAACUCAUGCUAUGCCUGUAAAUCCAAACAACUUUUUGGAUUCAAGCUUCGUCACUGAGCCGUGGGCUCAUCAAAUAUGAAAUUCUGGAAAGGUUGAUCAGAUGCAUUUUGGUGCGUGGUUGUCUGAGGCAAUCGUGACGCAGUGGUGUCUUCUAAAAACUCUGGGUAAUAUGGGGAAUAAAAAGAAUGACUGUCGCCAAG